UAGUGGGAAGAGGAAAAGAUCCACAGUCCUUUGUGGCCUUGUCUGUCUCUGCUAAUAUUCCCUCUCUCAACUCUUGCUCUCUCCCUCAUUAUUAUUCCCCCUCUUGGUAAAGAGAGUUGGUUGAGAGAAAUAGAGAGAAAGACUCUUGUGUUUGUGUGUUUGUGUGUUUGUGUGAUCACAUAUCUUAGAGAAGAUGGGUAGGGGAAGAGUUGAACUCAAGAGGAUUGAGAACAAGAUCAAUAGGCAGGUGACCUUUUCUAAAAGGAGAAAUGGCCUUCUUAAGAAAGCUUAUGAACUCUCUGUUCUUUGUGAUGCUGAGGUUGCACUUAUCAUCUUCUCCAGCCGUGGCAAGCUUUAUGAGUUUGGUAGUUCUGGUUUAAGCAAAACACUUGAACGAUAUCAACGUUGUUGCUACAAUCCUCAAGAUCUUAAUAUCGGUGAUCAUGAAACACAGAAUUGGUACCAGGAAGUGUCUAAACUGAAGGCAAAAUUUGACUCUCUCCAGAGGUCACAGAGGCAUUUGCUUGGAGAAGACCUUGGACCCUUGAAUGUGAAAGAGUUGCAACAAUUGGAGAGACAACUUGAAUCUGCUCUUGCACAAGCCAGACAAAGAAAGACACAGAUAAUGCUGGAUCAAAUGGAAGAACUUCGAAAGAAAGAACGUCAUCUUGGAGACAUAAACAAGCAACUUAAAAGCAAGCUUGAGGCUGAAAAUUCAGCUUUCAGAGCCAUUCAAGGUUCAUGGGAGACUGAAGGAGUUGUUCCUAACCAUGGCUUUCCUGUUCAUCAUUCUCAAGCCACUGCCAUGGAAACUGAACCCAUUCUGCAAAUAGGGUAUCAUCACUAUGUUCCAACAGAAGUCAACAUGGCAAGGAAUGCAAAUGGAGAGAAUAAUAAUAAUAAUAAUAAUAACAACACCAACUUCAUGCAUGGCUGGGUUCUCUGAAAAUGGUGAUCAUCAACCCAAAAAAGACUAAUAUUUAAUGUGGUUUGUGUGCUGGUGACUUAAUGCACUGCAUGCAUAGUUGCUGUUGAUUUGUUUGGGACUAUGUUACUCAAGGAUGAUGUUGAGCUACUUGCUACUACUACUAUUGCUCUCUUUCUGUUUCUUGAAUGUUGAAUGUUCCUAGACUUGUUAAUUAAUAAGAAGUUUGUGCUUGUUUAUUGGGAAUU